UAGUCAGCGUCCACCACACGGAACCAUUAUUAUUAUUUAAACACCCACCUUGUCACCAAAAUCUAGUCACACUCUGCACACCGGGUCCACCAUACGACUCUUCAUCUCCGUCGCUGACUGGACCGGACCGGACGAUCACUCCACUAUCUCUGCCAGCUUUCGUAAUCGUUAGAAGUCGAGGACUCAAGGUCAAAUAAGUCAAAGUUGGGAUUGCGUGUUCUUGGGGUGAGUUGGUCGUGGAUCGGAUUUGGAGAUAAUUUUCGAGAUUCGACAAAUAAAAAGGAACUAGGAAAAGAAAUAUUGGUGAGAAGCUUGUGAAGAUACUGAGGGUUUCUCUACAUUGUAUUUUUUAGGCUGGGCCACAAUCAUGAAUUUGCACGGAAAGGACAUUCCAAGUGAUCGGGAAUCGAAAUUAGUAAGACUGUUGGCACGGCAGCAGCGAUUCACAGAAAACAAAACAUAUUAUGAACCAAAUCAAACAGGACUCUAUGACAGGGAAGAUGAUUGGAACGUCCUCAUAAAGAAAGCAGAGACAUUUGAGUUGACGGAAUCGCAGAAGCUUUUAGUAAAUCGGGAGCAGUUACGUAUACUUGAGAAACUACUUAACGAUGCCUAUGUAAUUCGUAGGCCAAAGCCAAGCGAAUAUGAAAAUCGCAAACAAGUGAUCCGAGUUCUUAAUGAUAUAGCUAAAGAUUUAUACGGUAAUUCUGCCAGCUGUCCUGUUGUUGAGGAAUUUGGUUCCUUUUCAAUGGACUUUUUUACUCCCGAAAGUGAUCUUGAUCUCUCCAUUAACUUCCCAAAUAGUCCGUUAGUGUUUCCUCGAGAGCAGAAAAUUAAAACGCUUCGGAAGUUUUCAAAAAAACUCUAUUCACUUCAAAGUGCAGGUCGUGUACAAAAUGUGCAGCCUGUGAUGAGGGCUAAGGUACCCAUUCUUAAGUUUGUUGAUACCGCAACAGGUGUCGAAUGUGACAUUUCAGUAGAAAACACAGAUGGAAUUUCAAAAUCCCUUAUUAUACGCUACAUUAGUUCAAUAGAUGAACGGUUUCGGAAGCUAAGUUUAUUGAUGAAAGCGUGGGCAAAAGCACAAGACAUUAACAGCCCAAAAGACCAAACACUUAGUUCUUUAUCUAUAAUAUUAUUGGUUGCUUUUCAUCUACAGACUCGAGAUCCUCCUAUAUUACCUCCGUUUUCCGCCAUACUAAAAGAUGGAGAUGAUCCUGCAUCCGUGAAGAAUUCAGUUAGAGGCUUCCAGAACUACGGUAGAAGAAAUACAGAAACGUUAGGUGAAUUGUUCGUGACGUUUUUAAUCAAGUUAGCAUCUGUCGAAAAGCUUUGGCCAAAAGGUCUGUGUGCUAGUCCUUAUCUAGGACAUUGGUCACCUAAAACCUGGGACAAUAAAAUAGCCAUAAUGAGUGUUGAGGAUUUCUUUGACCGGGCCCAAAAUGUGGCCAGAGCGGUUGGAAAGUUAGAAGUGAAAAUAAUCCAUGAGUUGGUUCAUCUUACAAUUCAAAAUCUCGGUCGUUUCAUGAAUGUUAACCUUGACGAGUUAAAGUUAAAAGAAUCACUUUUUGGCAUUGAUGGUAUGCACUCUAUCGUUGUCGAACAAAAAUUGAACGCAUGGAAACAAAGUCUUGAAAAAAAGACCACAAAAACCAAGUUGAUCACGAACAAUGUCUAUAACCCAAACGGUGCGAGUCCAUCAACCAGGCCACUGCCAACCGGCCACUUGGGUGUGCCACAACGUCAAGCUGUGACUGCAGGCUUGGAGACACCAUGGGCACACCAGUCGUUUUACCAACAGCCAAUGAUGGGAACAACGGGGGUUGCAGGGGGUGUACCAGCAAACCAGUGGUGGGAAACGGCUUGGGGAGGACCCGUGUGGACACAAGGCUGGGGUGGUGGGCCUGGUGGUUCGUCUACGGGCGGUUGGGGUGCGGCCAAUGGAGCCGCUUUCACGAAUGGUCGGUCACAAGAGACGCAGCCUGCAACGGAUCCUUGGGGAAGAAGGCAGCAACAACCUCCUUACGGGAAUUCUUCCAAUGCGCACGGUACAACAUAUCGCUAAGACUCGAUUUUUAAAUGUCUAACCAGAUCGCACCCAUGUGGCCUUUUAUAUCAGGUUUGUUUGCUUUACCGUGUGUUUGGCUGUUUAUAACUGUAGUUUACAUUUCUGGUGUCGGGAUGCCUUUUUUUGUAUCACUAGUCGGUUUAAAACCGUGUUGUUUGACUUGACGGGAUAGAGGGGUGUUCAAUACAAAGCUAUUUAAUUUUAUGUACAUAUUGUUUUACUUAAGAGAUUUGGUCGCUAGCCUAGCGAUAUUAAGGUUGUA